GAUCUCAAAGUAUAUUUUUUUGCUUAGGAAUACAGAAGCAUAUAGCGUGUGUGAUAGGAGGAUACAUUGUAUCGCAAAUUGCGAAGAAGUUCGUUGAAGAUUUUCAUGGGGAACGUGACACUAGAAUGAGAGAUUAUAUCAUACGACAUCCGGAACUCUUUCCCGAGCCAGAACGUGUUAAAUAUAGUCAAGUAUUGGAAGAGUGGUUCCCGGUGCGUUAAUUAAUUAUUUAAAACCGUUAGAAGUGAUUGCGCCAUCUUGAUUGCGUAUCCUGCAGAUAGACAGUGCGGUUCGAUGCAAUGAAUGUAGACACGUUGUAUAUAUACUUAAAAAUAUAUAUAUUUAAAAUAUAUAGCGUUCCGGCUAAAACGAAAACAAGACGCCAUUUAAAGUAAGACAAAUAAGGGAAUGUUGUAUAUAAGAGUAAUUAAUUCAAGCUACUCUCUCUGCUGUCCUCGAGAAAUAAAAGGCAGAUUUUUUAUUAGA